UGCCAAGGUGUCCCGGAAGCUAAUUUUCCAGCGGUUGACCGUCUUCGUCGACUCCGGGAAUGGUGAUAAGCAUGUGUGUGAGAAUGGGUGAAAUUCAGGGACCGUGAGCGCUUCGCUAAUGAUGAGAGGAGCUCAGAAUGACACCGACCAGGAGACGGGCAACAACACUAAAGAGUAUUAAGGAGCAGCUCUAAGCAAGAGAGUCUUUGGUGGUUGGCUCGAGUGUUCUCAGUAGCGCGACUUCGUUUCAGUCGUGCGGAAGCAGCCGACCGUUGCACGUGUUCACGGACCGGACGAACAACCGCUACCAUCUAUGGGUUACCAGUACACCCGUUCUUCUAUCUGGAUAUUUUGAAUUGACCACGAGAAAAGGGACAGGGGAAGGAAAUUACCAGGCCUAUUGAAAUGAUGGAAAUGCACAAAAAUCCCAAUACGAGGAAGAAUUCGUUGCGAGGUGACGAGAUGACGUUAAAGGAACCUCACAGAAAUGGCAGCACAUACGGAGCCUUCCAAUCGAAGGACCCCAUUCUGGCGGUGGAAAAGGGCGCUGAAAUGGAAGGCGGAAGCGACGAGCAUGGGAUUUCCGUUCACCAUCCGACCUCGUAUUUAGAAACAAUGAUGCACCUGUUCAAAGGUAACGUCGGCUCUGGCAUAUUUGCGUUAGGGGAUGCUUUCAAGCAUGCCGGAUUGUUGCUGGCUCCGCCGCUUACUAUGUUCCUCGGGAUUAUUUGUGUUCAUGCUCAGCAUAUUCUUAUUAAGUGUAACGAAGAGGUGACCCGUCGCGUUAAUAAUUCGAGUGCCACAACUGGAUUUGCUGGUACUGUGGAAUUGUGCUUCGCCACCGGUCCACUGGCACUCCGAAAAUAUUCUGUGUUUAUGAGACAAUUGGUUAAUGUAUUUUUAUGUAUCACGCAACUCGGAUUUUGCUGCGUUUAUUUUGUUUUCAUUGCGAAGAAUAUGAAGCAGGUGUUGGACGUAUACGGGAUCGAGAUGGACGUUCAUCAACACAUGGCUGUGAUCCUGAUUCCGAUAAUGCUGAGCACGUGGAUCAGGAACUUGAAGUACCUGGUGCCCAUCUCGUCGUUGGCGAAUUUUCUGGUCAUCGCUGGCUACGUUGCUACCAUGUACAUCAUGUCUUACGAUCUGCCGCCGAUCCACGAGAGGCGGUACAUCGCCGAUUGGCACGAGUUGCCUCUGUUCUUUGGCACUGUGAUAUAUUCUUUCGAGGGUAUCACUUUGGUUCUGCCACUGAAAAACGAAAUGAAGAAACCGAGCAAUUUCAAUAAGCCACUUGGAGUUUUGAAUGUCGGAAUGGUGAUCGUCGGUGGGAUGUUCGUCGCGAUGGGUUUUGUGUCGUAUUUAAAAUACGGCGAUGAGGUGGCUGGAUCUGUUACGUUAAAUCUCGAAUCGAAAGAAGUGGUGGAUGGAAAAAGCGUCGUCAAGCAUUCAAGCUUACCCCAGUGCAUACAGGUUGCCAUCUCGUUGAGCAUACUAUUCACGUAUGCGUUGCAAUUCUACGUUCCCAUUGCGAUUAUUUGGCCGAAGAUCGUCAACCGUUUUGGCCCUUUCAAAUGGCCUGUCUUAUCCGAGACUAUUUUCCGCUCCGCCAUGUGUUUCUUAACGUUUGUCCUAGCCGAGGCGAUACCUCAAUUGGGUCUUUUCAUAUCGCUGGUUGGCGCAGUAAGCAGCACCGCUCUGGCAUUGAUAUUUCCACCGCUCAUCGAGAUGGUUGUAUGCUGGCAAAACGCGUCGUUGGGUUUCUUCACCAUAUCGAAAGACAUCGUGAUAGUACUAAUCGGCCUUCUGGGCUUCGUUACUGGAACCUAUGAGAGCCUUACCUCGAUCAUUCAAGCGUUUAGCACGUAACUAGGCUAGCUCGUUGUAUAAAUCGUUGUUAAUAUACUUUUUACUUGUACGUAUAUAAUAUAUACGCGAUACUAAUGGAUCAUGACAUCUACCCGAUUAUGUAGGGAAUGAUUAUUCGUUUGGAUAAAAUUACUCUCCUUUUCGUUUUUGUUUCAUUGAAUUAUUUAGGUUAAUUUUAUUAACGGUAAUAUUAUUUAUUAGCUUAGCACCAUAUGUUUCGUAUACGAGUCGUCGCGCGUUACGCUCAUUGAUUCUUCGAGUUCUCCGUUUAAUACAUUUUUCACGUUACGUUAUGUCGCAUUCCGGAUUCGGAGAAGGAGACUUUGUCGUCUGUGAUCCGUGUUUAAAUGCGAAUAUGUUCCUGAUUCUACGAACAGGAUAACAAAUCUCGAAUACACGGAGGGAUUGCAGUUAUCAAUUUCUGUGUUCAUCUUAUUGUUCGCGUUGUUACAUAACAUCGAGUAUAACACAAUUUCACAGUUGUGUACUUUUCAACGAGAUAAUCUUGAAGAGAUUUUGCAACUUUGUUGUUGAAGGAUAAAGCUCUGAGAAAUUGGUAAUUUCGAUCGAAUAUCGUGCAUGGAUGUGUAGUUGAUCAUAAAAGUGUACGACCACAUUGAAAUAGUAUAUAUCUCAGUGAAAAAGAAAUAUAUUUUUAACAGCUAUCCAUUACUCUAUCCAUUAUACAGUGAUAUUAAUCUAAUAGUUUGAAAGUAUUUUUUAAAUACUCUUUCAAAGUUUUAUAUUUUAGUUUUUGACAAGAAGAUUGAAGCAAUUGCUUUUAUUUGUAAUUAUGAGAGAAAAUAUAUAUGUUGAGAAAAUUUCUGAAUUUACACAUCAUUUGUUAAUUAAUGGCCAACGUAAUAAUUUAAAGAAAAUAAUUAAAAAUUAAUUUAGUCACGUUCAUAAAAUAUUUUGGAUAUUUUUAUGAUCAAUUAUAUAUCGCGUGAAACGUGUCUAAUAUAUCAUCGCCUAUGUUAUGUAUGAAUAAUAGUCGUUUGUGUCCUGAACGUGACGUAAAUUUAGAUUUAUAUAUGUGAUAGAUGUAAUAGACUAUUUGAUUAGAUGUAUGAAUUUUCUGUAAAAAAAAGAAGAAAAAAUGAAAAACUGACUGUUACCGCGAUUAUACAUACAUAAUAAUAUACAGUAUACAUAACUCAUGCGACAAGAAAGAAAUCGAAAUGAUGUACAAAAGAAAAAUGUUGGCCGGUAAUCGUUGUAGAAUAUAUUAUUAUAUAUUAUAAUGAAAAUGAUCAUACUCGACGAUCAUGUGAUAUAAAAAGACAAUGGUGUAGAUUUUAUUCGAAAACGUGCAAGUGAUUUCUCGUCGAUGGAAUGUUGCAUGGCUUUUAACUUUUAAUUGAUAUUUUUGGGCCAAUAUAUAACAAGUUAAUUAAUUUUCAAGUA